CCUUGGAGAAAAGGAUAACACAUUAAAUGCAACAAAACAAAACAAAACCAUAUUUUUUUAAUUUAGGGGGAAAAAAAAAGAAAAAAACUUAUUUCUUCCCCAUAUCCCCAACCAAAUUACCAGAAAUUCAAAUAUAAUAAAUAAAUAAUUAUCUUUCUUUGUUCUCUCUCUCUGUUUCCUUCAUUAUUGAGAAACUCAAAAGCUCUCUCACCUUCCUCACUUUUCAUCUUCUUCUUCCUUAGUUCCCACUCUCUAAACCCACCAUUUUCCAACUCCUUCUGAUUACUCUCUCUCACCAACCUCUCUCUUUCUCUCUCUAAAAACCUAUCAAAACUGGAGUGAGAAACACAUAACAACAGAAACCCCAUUUAGUUUCUAGAGAGAGAGAGAAAAGAUAAAACUCCAUUGUUGUCUCUCUGUUUUCUUCAUGGGUUGCUCUGCUUCAAAGCCUGUUGCUGCCACCGCCGCCCCCUCCCGUUCCACCCGAAAUUCUGAAUCUUUAUAUUCUCCUUCUUCUGCGUCGCAGUCCACUGGUUCUUCUCCGGCAGUCGGGCGAGCUUUCUCGCUCCUGACGCCGCUCGUCCACCACCCACCGGCGAAGAAGGGCGAUACCCACCAUCUUGUUUCUCUCACUUCCACCACUUAUGGCUCCCUUCUCCUUAUUGACCGUCCGACCAAUCCCGGUCGGCCACCGGCUUCAACGGCCAAGGCUGAAAAGUCCAUUCAUUUCUCUGAUCAGAUUUCUCUCUCCCCUGAUUCCGUAAUUAACACCUGGGAACUCAUGGACGGCCUUGACGACCAUGACUCCGAUUCCGAUCACAAUUCGAUUCAGGCUAAACCCAGUUCAAUUCCCGCGAAACCCACAUCGGAGCCCGGGUUUGAAGGUUCAAUUACGAAGAAUCCGGCAAAAAUGGAGGAAAAACUCAGUUCGAUUCCGGCAUGGUCGCCGAAAAAACCACUCUGGAAGCACAUUUCAGAGGAAUCUUUCCUCGCAAAAUUAGACCCAAACGUGGCUUCAACAUACACCAGAGCUCUCUCUUCACGACAACUCAAUUCCGAUCAGCUGACCAAUCGCCGGAGUUCAUCAUUUUCAAAUCACUGGCAGCCCAAUUUCAGAGACACAGAAAACAGAGUAAUAGUGAUUUACUUCACAAGCCUUCGAGGAAUCCGAAAGACCUACGAGGAUUGCUGUUUAGUUCGAACAAUCUUCAGAGGAUUCAGAGUUUUGGUAGACGAGAGGGAUAUUUCAAUGGAUUCAUUCUUCAGAAAAGAGCUGCAAGCGAAGCUCGGAGGGAUGGCGCCAGUGAGUCUACCGCAGGUUUUCAUCGGCGGGAAGCACGUGGGAGGGGCAGAGGAGAUUCGACAAAUGAACGAGAGCGGUGAGUUGGUCGGAAUAUUGGAGGGGUUCCCGGCGGCGGAGGUGAGGACUGUGUGUGGAAGGUGUGGGGAUGCUAGGUUUGUUCCUUGUUCAAAUUGUAAUGGAAGUAGGAAGUUGUUUGGGGAAGAUGGAGGAUUGAGGAGAUGCCCUAAGUGCAACGAGAAUGGAUUGAUAAGAUGCCCUUUUUGUUGUUGUUGUUCAUGAGUUUUCAAGAAAAAUUUGUUCCAAUGGAAUAUGGAUCCUGUUUCAAUGUUAUACUUGUGUAGCUAAA